AUGGCUAACAACGAACUCCAGCUGAAUGCGGCGGAGUGGCAAGAAAUGCUGCGUCGAUUUCCCUGUGCUUCAUUCUGGCUUCGCAUGCACGACCAUCACCCUGACAUCCAUCCAGUUCUAGAACAAAUGGCACAGCACAACAGAAACCUCAACGGUAACCCGUACACUGGCCUUCUUGCUGCCCCCGUCCAACCUGCUGCUCCACCUGGUCUACCUGCCGCCCCCCCUGCUGUUCCUGGGUUUGCUCCGCAGGCCAUGUAUCCCCCUGGUUUCCCUGUGUUUCCCGGCCUCUAUCCUAACCAUGGCUACUACCCACCUGCUCAGUUUCAACCACGCGCCCACCCGUCAUACUACCAUGAUAGGCCUGAGAAUUUGCCGGCCCCUGCUACUCCACGUCCUGCCACGGCCCGUCAAGUUGAAAAUGGGGUUGUCACUCGCUUGAUCGUCCGCUUACCAACCGACCUUCCUUGGAAUGAUUUUUUCGACAGGAUAUGUGCUAAUAUGGACCUCAUCCCGGCCAACGCAGUUUUGGGUUACAAGUUCUCGGGAGAUCGCAUUUCUGACCCACCAAACUGGCUUGCCAAUGCAGAGGAUCAUGUCCAGGCUAUGGCUCAUGCAACAGAGAAGAUCAAGCGCGCUAGGACACGCGAGGUUGUUCACUUCAGUCACCAUGUAAUUUCAGUAUAUAUUACAUGA